AUGGAUAAGAUAUUAUUAUUAAAUGGACAGAUAUUAUUAUUAUUCCAUGCUUAUCCAAGCUUCAACACUAUCUAUGUCCUUUUAUUAUCUAUCUAUCUAUCUAUCUAUCUAUCUAUCUAUCUAUCUAUCUAUCUAUCUAUCCUUUUACUAUACAUCUAUCUCUCUACCUUCAUCAGACCUUUUCAUAUCUAUCUAUCUAUCUAUCUAUCUAUCUAUGUCUUUUUUAUAUCUAUCUAUCUAUCUAUCUAUCUAUCUAUCUAUCUAUCUAUCUAUCUAUCUAUCUCCCUCAACCUUUUAAUAUCUAUCUAUCUAUCUACCUAUCUCUGUCUUUUUAAUAUCUAUCUAUCUAUCUAUCUAUCUAAUCCUUUUACUAUCCAUCUAUUCCAUUUAAUAUCUAUCUAUCUAUCUAUUCAUCUCUGCCAUUUUAGUAUCUAUAUCUAUCUAUCAUUCAUCUAUCUAUCUAUCUAUCUAUCUAUCUAUCUAUCCUUUACUAUAUACAUCUAUCUCUCUACCUUCAUCAGACCUUUUAAUCUAUCUAUCUAUUUCGUUUUUGAUAUCUAUCUAUCUAUCUAUCUAUCUAUCUAUCUAUCUAUCUAUCUGUCCUAA